UCUUUGUUUGAUCUUCAAGGACUGAGCAGAGCCUAUUGUGCUCUGCGCGUUCAUGGAUGUGAAUCAAAUUUGAUCCACAGUGUCGAAGCCUUUAUUAUUAGGGUUGCGUGAGGUCGAGCUGGAAGGCGAUCAAGUUUUUAAUCGGAACAAAAAACCCGCGUUUCAUGCAGGCAUUACAGCCACACUGACUCCUUCUUUAUGUCCUUUUUCCUGAGCGCCUAGCGGCCUUGUUUCCUCAUGUCAUAAGAGCACCUCGGCGCAAAAACAGGCAACAUGGCGCACUGAGUGUUGGUUUGACCGGAGAGAGGCCGUGUGGUGGAGGAGGCUGCUUGUGCGCGUUGCUAUCAUUUUAUUAUAGUCUCAAUCUCCUCCUGCAUGCACCACACUCACACACAUUAACACACAUACACAGGCCAUAUCAUACAAGCAGAGUUAUAAGCCCCCAAAAAAAACACAAUGGCACAAUAAAAAAUUGGGUCACAUUUCUCUCUCUAUAAAAAAAAAAAAAAAAAAAAAAAAAAAAAGCAUCCAUUUGUGAUUUACUGUGUCAUAUAGUGUGUUUAACACAUAUAUAGACUUGUUAUACAAGAAACUUCACCUGCAUGUGCGCGCGCGUUUGUGUCCGUGCGCGCGUGCGUGUGCUAGGAAAAGGGUUGAGUGUCACGGCCCCUGUGUGUGCAGACGGGGGGUUGGGUAGCAGUGCUGGAUUGGUUGCUUGCUGCUUCACCAACACACAGUCAGUCUGGGCUUGUUUUAACAUAACCGGGGGCACUUCGACAGCAGCAGGCAAAACAAAAAAAUCAUGUAGUAAAUAAGCUUGCUGUGGCCCACUGAACUGCGCCGCUGCAUUUUUGGAGAUUUCCUUGUUUAUUCUCUCUAUCUGGGGUUGACAGUGUUUCUAGAGAGAGAGAGUGGGCUGAUGAGGCGAUGAAGUGCAGAGAAUGAGAGCUGUGCCUCCUUGGCCUACUGGCUAAGAGCUGCUGCAGCUGGGAUUGUGCAGAUCCGCUUUCACAAAACCCGAGAAAAAAACACAUUAUCCAACAUCCGCUGCUGGUUUCACGGUGUCCGACCUACCCAAUGUGUCACCACCUCUCCACUACAGCGGCUCUCUGCGCUCCUCCAUUCACUGUACUCUAGUCUGCGAUCGCCAUGACCACACACAGCCAGCAGACAAAGCGGAUAUAGCCAUGACAACAUGAAUCAAUCAUACAGACCGGCUGGUAGGGUAGGCUCAGCGUUUGGCACGGUCCAGCCAGAGCUGAGAUCCCGCAAUGGUCUUGUGGGCACUUCCUAUGGAAACCAAUGUGGCAUUGUGAGACGUGGGUCAGACCAACCGUCAGCCGUGCAGCUGCCAUCCUCCAGCCUCAAACAGCCAGCUACGCUGGGGUACAAUCAGCCGGAACGAUCUCACUGCUACAGCCCGCUGAAGAGGCUGCAGGACCUCAACACUGUGGUCAACAGGCCUGACCUAGACAGGGACCUCCAUCCUAGGAGCCACUUGCACUGUGCAAGCCCAAUCAGCGACGAUGACGAUGAUGAGUUCGAGGCACCGUCAGUCCAGCUACCUCCUUCUCCAGGCAUUGAUGACACGGAGCCCUUUGAGACUCUGCAGGACGUGAACAGAAAUGGCUUCUCCCCUCACAGCCCUGACAGCAUGGAGCGCUGUUCUCCCAUCCCCAAUGGCUACUUGCAUUUUGAGUCCACGCUGUUUGACAGCAGUGACGUCAAGGAGGAGAACGAGGACAGCGGUAGUGAGGACAUGGUGUCUUUUCACCGCUCCCCAAAGUUGAGUCGGGACCGAACCGUGACUGACAGUAAGAACACAAGCAGCUCAGGGCUGGAAAAACAAACAUACAAACCUACUGUCUAUAACCUGAUGUCCAAAACUAUUUCUGAACUCAACCCUACACUAAGCCCCAGCGCACUGCCAGAAAUCACUAUGAGAGAUGGAUGGAGCUUGGGUGAGGAAUCAGACAGUGAUGGCGAACUUACCUCUCCUGUUGACCCUGGACUUAUUUCACCAGCUGGCACCAACUCUAAUUCCAACAGCCCAAAGAAAAAGCCUCCUCCUGCAGUGAAAUACGUGGAAGGGGACGUGGUGUGGGCUAAAUUCAACAGACGGCCCUGGUGGCCCUGCCACAUCACCUGUGACAAGGGGAUCUACACUAAGAUGAAAGUUCCCAGUCCCCGUCCUUGUCGGAUGUAUUUCCUGGAGACGAUCGGGGAGAUUUUAGAACGUGCCUGGGUCCCUGGGAAUGCUGUUCUUACUUUUGGAGGAGGCCAUCAGUUUGCAGACCUACCUGUGCUUAGACGGAGAGGGAAGCAGAAGGAGAAAGACUACAAGUAUACGAUACCCAAAAGUUUACUGACUGCAUGGAAAGUCAGUGUGGCAGAAGCUGAGGGUAUGCUGCCAAAUCGACAAAGGAAUACUGAAAGCGUGCUUUCAAUAUCUGUCAAUGGAGAGGAGCGUGUGCCCAGCCCACUCCCUACUGAAAAGCCAGCGGAGGCCCCCUCUGUCUCUGUGGAUCCUGGUCGACCCCCAUCACCCAACACGGCCCCCAACGGAAAUGAGCACGAUCUCAUCAAAAACUCUCCUGUAGUUCAACCCAAUAAGAGCAAAGCUUCUAAGCGGAAAAAGAAAUGUUUGUCAGACAUAUUUGGCCAUAUAGUUGGUGGAUUGAAGGAAUCAUCUAACAUCACAAACAUGGCGGAUCCGUUUCGUACCACAACUCGUGCACUGAAAGAUGAGCCAAAGGACUCACCUUAUGCAGACCUGGAUUCAGUUCCAAUGCUGCAUCGUCCUAAACGCACAGCAGUGUCUCCAAUAAAAGACAUAGACAGAUCUGUCAGAAAAGAACAGGGUUCAACAAAAGCUAAAAAGAAGUUUACUAAAAAGGUGAACCAUUCUACGGAUCCCUGUGAUUCCUCUAGUGUUUUAACAAAAACAUUGGCAUCUAAAGACACAAAUUCUGAACAGAGUUUGGGCAGCUGUUAUGAACUGUCGUACAGUUCAACUGAAAAGCACUCUAUGAAUCUUCCUGCCAGCAGUCGUCUGAUGACGAGGGCUCUGAAAGCCGAGGAAGAGACAGAUCUCAAAGAUGCACUGGCCACAAGCCAAAUCUCAACAGAUGCCCAGGCUGACGAUUGUCUUGACAAUACACCUACUGAUGCAUCCAUCAAAACUGAAAGGUCUCCCAACUGGGAAUUGCCCAGCAAUGCAUCGUCAUUUGCAAAUCACAGCUCUCCAAAAAGGCGUGCAAGGAAGCCUGAUAAGAAACGCAUUCGUAAUGGCUCAUUGAUAAAGCCUAAGUGUGUGGACUCAAGUGAACCCGCUGUGCAACCAGUUAAGGUCAAGAUAGAAAACCCAGAUCUAUCAUCUUCUACUUCCCCGUCCUCAUCUCUGUCUCCAAUGGAUGCUUUCCAGGAUGUCAAGGAACUAACGUUUAAGUCUCUUGGGAAGGACGACAGCAGUGACUCUGAGUUGAACUCAUUUCGGCCUGAUUCUAAUUACAAAUUCAGUACCUUCCUGAUGCUCCUGAAAGACAUGCAUGACACCAGAGAACAAGAAGGUAAACCCCUGGCUGUCCCGCCAUCGCCAGUCCUGAUCAAGGAGGAACCCAUGUUCAUCCCUACAUCUACAGGAAGAGGCCCACUAAAGGGUUCUCGUGGUGGUUUCACCCAAAGGAUCAAAACAGAGAAUGGGAGGUCAGGGAAAUCACCCAAAAACACAGCGGUAAAAACCAAGAAUAGGACUAAACCUAUUAUGAAGGCUGACACCUUCCAUUGUGAAGACUUUCCUGUUCGACCUCAGAUCAGAAACUCAGACAAGCAGCGUAGAAAACAAAGACUACCUGCCAAACUAAAUCUCAGCAUACCUGGCCUAUCUUCAGACUUGGCUGGCUUGGCUUACGGCAGGGAGUUUGUUAGCGGCCACGCUGACUUAGCCAGUCCUGGGUCUUGUCCUCCCGUCGCUGCUGAUCCCUCGGCCAGCUACCUCGAUAAGAACUCGGGAUCCACAGUGGCUCCAAAGAAACGCUGGCAGAUGGUUGAGGGUGCUGCUGAGAAUAAGAGGGAAGUUAUGGCGGAGGUGUCUGCUGAGAUGAAUGGGUCUUACACCAUGAGAGCUUCGCCAGAUCUUGAUCUGGGAGUUGAGAAGCAGGCAGAGAAUGAUGCGCACUUCUCAGAGACAAGCAGCCCAACCGGACAUUCAGAGAACAAACGUCUCCGGAAACCAACUAAACGACUCCUGGAGUCAACUGAGGAGUAUGAACAAAUAUUUGCCCCAAAAAAGAAGUCAAAGAAACACACCUCAGAAUCUUCCAAAAUGCAGACAUCAGGGAUGACACUCCAUGAUAUCAGCACCAGCCCGGGAAUAAUUACCUCAUCAUCGCCUUCUGUUGAGCCCGCCGAGGCUCCGGCAGAGCUGGAACAGAGUCCAUCUCAGGAUGAACUUUCACCUGUAGCAUCCUCAGUAUCUUCAGCCACAACGCAACCCUCCCUUGAUGCAGAGACAACAGAAGAAACUGAUCUACCUCCUGAAUCUGACACAGGGUUAUUGGCCCAAGAAAGAAAGAGGCCAAGGAAGUUGUCGCACAAGGUGCUGGAUUGUACCAUAGAAGAAGUGUCCGUUGCUCAUACAAAGAAGAAGGAGCCAAAGCGACAAGAAAACUUGGUCAAGAAAACUCAGGUUGGAUCUGUGAAGAAAGAGAAGCCAGCACCCAGCACAUCCUCUGCCCCUGCUGCUGCCCCCCAGCACUCAGAAAGCGAAGAUCUUCCCGUGGUCCUCACUCCGAACAGGCCUUCCAGCCCUCGAGAAUCUAAGACCCCAAGGCAGGAGGCCGAGGUUGAGGACUGCAGCACCGAGGGGAAACAAAACGUACACACUGGAACACUAACUCCCAAACCUGAGGUGCUGUCUGUUAGUUUGAAUGACUGCCUCUCUUCUCAAGUGGAUGUAAAAGGGAAAAUAGGAGCUACAUCCUUAAAGGAGAAUGUCUGUCAGGUGUGUGAGAGGUCAGGAGACCUGCUGGUGUGUGACGGCCACUGUUACGGAGCCUUUCAUCCGCAGUGCAUUGGCCUGUCAGCGGCUCCCAAGGGGAAAUUCCUCUGUCGUGAAUGCAACGCUGGUGUCCACGCAUGCUUUGUGUGUAAGAAGUCUGAUGAUGGAGUAAAGCGCUGCAUCAUACCGCUGUGUGGGAAGUUCUACCACACCGACUGUAUACUGGCGUACUCGGCCACCCAGCCACAUAACAAAGGCUUCCGCUGCCCUCUGCACGUGUGUCUGUCCUGCCAUAUCAGCAACCCUCUCAACGUCUGUAGCUCUAAAGGUCGGUUGGCCCGAUGUGUACGCUGCCCUGUGGCCUAUCACGCCAACGACAACUGUAUGGCCGCAGGCAGCCUGGUGCUGGCAAACAACAGCUUCCUCUGUCCAAACCACUUCACUCCCCGCAAGGGCUGCAAAAACCACGAACACAUCAACGUUAGCUGGUGCUUCGUGUGCUCUGAGGGGGGCAGUCUGCUGUGCUGUGAGGCCUGUCCUGCUGCUUUCCAUCGGGAAUGUUUGAAUAUGGAGAUGCCUCAGGGCAACUGGUUUUGCAAUGACUGCAAAGCUGGAAAGAGGCCUCGUAUUAAGGACAUAUUGUGGGUUAAAUGGGGGCGUUACAGGUGGUGGCCUGCAGAAGUCUGCCUGGCCAAAGAUGUCCCAAAUAACAUCUUGAGGAUGAAACAUGAGGUGGGAGAGUUUCCAGUGCAGUUCUUUGGCUCCAGAGAUUUUGUGUGGACGUAUCAAGCCAGAGUCUUCCCCUACAUGGAUGGUGACACUCAAAACAUCGAGAAAAUGGGAAAGGGUGCAGAUGCGGUGUACAAAACGGCCCUGACUGAUGCAGCAGAGCGGUUCAAAGAGCUCCAGACAGAAAAGGAGAUGAAGCAGCUUCAGGAGGACAGAAAGAAUGACAAGAAACCUCCUCCAUACAGGCACAUUAAGGUAAACCGGCCAAUUGGGAAGGUGCAGAUCAUUACUGCCGACCUAUCGGAGAUCCCACGCUGCAACUGCAAGGCGUCUGACGAGAACCCGUGCGGCAUCGACUCUGAGUGCAUUAAUCGCAUGCUGAUGUAUGAGUGCCACCCUCAGGUGUGUGCUGCAGGGGAGCGAUGUCAGAACCAGGCUUUCACAAAGCGCGAGUACACACCUGUGGAGAUUUUCAGGACACUGGGCUGCGGCUGGGGUUUAGUUGGGGUGUCGGACAUCAAGAAGGGAGCCUUUGUGAGUGAAUAUGUGGGAGAGGUGAUCGAUGAGGAAGAAUGCCGAGCCAGGAUCAAACACGCCCAGGAGACGGACAUCUGUAACUUCUACAUGCUUACACUGGACAAGGACCGGAUCAUUGAUGCUGGACCCAAAGGGAACCAGGCUCGCUUCAUGAACCACUGUUGCCAGCCAAACUGUGAGACUCAGAAGUGGACUGUGAAUGGGGACACCAGGGUCGGGCUGUUUGCUCUACAAGACAUCCCAAAAGGCAUGGAGCUGAAUUUCAACUACAACCUGGAGUGUCUUGGCAAUGGGAAAACCGCUUGUAAAUGUGGAGCACCCAACUGCAGUGGUUUCCUGGGGGUCCGGCCAAAGAACCAGCCGUCAGCUGAGAAACUGAAGGAAGGUAAGAGGAGGCUCCCAAUGAAGAAGAAGACCAAGCAAGAAGUGACCAAGGAGAGGGAAGACGAGUGCUUCAGCUGUGGUGACGGGGGCCAGAUAGUGUCCUGUAAGAAGCCUGGUUGCCCGAAGGUCUAUCACGCCGACUGUCUCAACCUGGCCAAGAGGCCUGCAGGGCGAUGGGAGUGUCCGUGGCACCAGUGUGAUGUCUGUGGUAAAGAGGCAGCUUCGUUCUGUGAGAUGUGUCCCAGCUCUUACUGUAAGGAGCAUCGUGAAGGCAUGCUCUUCAUCUCCAAGCUGGACGGUAAGUUGUCCUGCAGUGAACACGACCCCUGUGGACCCGACCCGCUGGAGCCCGGGGAGAUCCGGGAGUAUGUGCCCAACGUGACCUCCGUGAGGCCCGGGGCCAUGGCUGUGCCCGUUACUCUCUCGCUGGGCCCAGACUCCAGAGGAGCCAGCUCUGAUCCCAUCACUUCCCCCGCUGACCAGGAUGCGUCGGACGAGCAGGGGCCUCCUCCUCGUCUCUAUAUCAACACAAAGACCGCUACCUCGAGCUUCAUCCCCUCCAGCAGGUCUCACCGUACAGACAGGACUGAAGGGCAAGGGUUUUCCACUCCCACCUCCUCCAAGGACGAGAGGGAGGACGGUGAGGUGGAGGACGGGGAGGUGUGUGGGUUAGAGAUGGAGGACGUGGAAGACGACGACGACGACGACGACGACGACGAUGACGAAGCAGACGAGGAAGAGGACGACAUGGAGGAGAUGGAGAUAGUGGAAGACGAGGAGGAUGAGCCGCUGUACGGAGGUGAUCUGCCGGAUGAAGGCGAUGACGAAGAGGAGGACGAAGGAGGGGAUGUGUAUGACACCUGGGGUGAUUAUGUGGAUGAAGAAGAUGAUGGAGAGGUGGAGGGGGAGGACUUGGAGGAGUGGGGGAGAGUGGAGGAUGAUGACAAGUGACUCAGAAACACCCAUUCCUUCGUAGCUACUCAGCAAAAACUCUCAAUAGACAUUCAAAGGACAAAAGAAGUUAGUAAAAGACUGAGAGAGUUUGAUAUUUUGGUACCUCCUUGAACGCGACACUGCGUUGCCUUCUCGUCCCCAGACUGCUGGACUCACGGUGGGGAUGUGUACUGGUGCUAAGGCUCGAGGACUGACUCAGUCCAUCUCUUUAUACUUUUUGUCAAUAUGUUUAUUUGUGUCUGGUGCUGUUAUGUUCUUCUGUUCGUUCUCUCAACAUUGUUUACAUUUUUUGGCCUUUUUUUAAUGUUUGGAAUAUAAGAAAAAGGUGAGAAGUCUCACCUGACCAAACUGUCAUCAUAAGGGCAUCUUAUGUUGUUACUGUCUUAACCUCGUCUUUCUAAAUUACAAGAGUGAUCAAAAUAGUGUUCUCACUGGUCCGUGUUACAGUUAGGCACAGCAGUACCUGGUGCUUCUGAGGAAUGCAAAAAUAAACCCACUGGAGUCUUCAAGGCUUUAGAUGAUUCUUCUCACUACAAAAGCAGCCUGUUCUUUUUGUGACUUUCUAUUAACAGGUGGGUCAGAGCUCAGGAUCGGAGGCACAGAGAGACAUUCUACGAUCUCUAAAUUCAGCACAGAUAUAACUAACAACUUGUUUUGCAUCCGUCACUUCUGUCCCAUUCACUAAGUUAGAAAAUAAAAUCAAAGUACUUAUUCA